AUUCUGGCCACUCAGGCACUCACUGAGCUGUUAUUAUUCCAUGUUCAGAAAACAGUGCCUGUAUUUUCUUCAGAUUGAGGUGAUACCAAUUUGGUGAUAUAAAAUAACAAAAUAAACAUAGCAGAAUUAACAAUCAAAGGUCUUUUUCCUGUUUUAUCUGUUGCUCUGCAACAUGUACCCCCAUGCAUGUGGAAGAUAACUUAAAAGGUAUGUCAACGUUUUGACCCUAAGUUUAAGGGAAUAUUAUAAGUCAUCAACAUGGGUUGAAUGAACAUCUAUUUAAGAAGAAGUUUUGGUGCAGUACUAGAUAUCAGUCCACAGCAAUAAGUAUAUUACUCAGUUUCUGCUUAAUUUUAUAUAUAAGAGCUAGAGUAUUUGAAAAUGGCUCUGCCUAAGAUAAUUUAUCUUGGGUGCUUUCUUUUGUUGUUGGCCAUUGUAGUAGAGGCUGCAACUCCUCCAGGAAUUGCUAAGAAUCUUGCAAGAGCAUCAUGUAAGAUCAAGAAGUAUAAGAUGUGCUAUAACUUGGAGCAUGUUUGUCCUAAAUUUUGUCCUGAUAGUUGCCAUGUUGAAUGUGCUUCAUGCAAGCCCAUUUGUGGUCCAGGAUCAUCGCCACCUGAUUCCGAUGAUGAUGAAGGUGGUCAGAAAGGAGGCGAUGAUGAUAAGGGCGGUAACAAAGGAGGUGAUGAUGAUAAGGGCGGUAACAAAGGAGGCGAUGAUGAUAAUUCAGGAUCCACUCCACCAACCUAUGAAACUCCAACACCGUCUCCUCCUACACCUUCUCCUCCUACACCAUCCCCACCAACCAAGUCUCCUCCUACUCCUUCCCCACCUACACCAUCUCCUCCUACACCAUCCCCACCAACCAAGUCUCCUCCUACUCCUUCCCCACCAACCCCGUCUCCUCCUACUCCAACCCCAUCACCACCUAAGAAGACACCACCGAGCCCUAAACCUUCACCUCCACCAACCUAUGAAACUCCAACACCUUCUCCUCCUACUCCAUCUCCGUCACCACCUUCACAGACACCUCCAAGCCCUACACCAUCACCUCCUUCUACCCCUACCCCUUCUCCGAAACCACCCACACCAUCUCCUUCUACUCCCUCGACACCAUCUCCUUCUACUCCCUCAACACCAUCUUCUCCUCCUAAUUCUGGUGUGGCCUCUAGGAAGAGAGUUCGGUGCAGGAACAAGAACUACGGGCAAUGCUAUAAUCAACAACAUCUUUGCCCUGCUGAAUGCCCUACUUCAUGUCAAGUUGAUUGUGUCACUUGCAAACCUGUUUGCAGUUGUAACUAUCCAGGGGCCGUAUGUCAAGACCCUCGCUUCGUAGGAGGAGAUGGAAAUACCUUCUACUUCCAUGGCAAGAAGGAGCAAAACUUCUGCCUUGUGACAGACCCUAACCUUCACAUUAAUGCACACUUUAUAGGAAAAAGAAACAUAAACAUGGGUCGUGACUUCACUUGGGUUCAAUCUAUCGGAAUCCUCUUCGACAACCAUCAACUCUUCUUAGGAGCCAAGAAGACCUCCACUUGGGAUGAUGCCAAUGACCGGCUCUCAUUAGCUUUUGAUGGCGAGCCCAUAUUCCUUGACGAAACUCUAGGCUACAAGUGGCAGUCCACAUCUAUGCCACAAGUCACCAUAACAAGGGCUGAUAGUGAAACCAACAAUGUUGUUAUUGAAGUCCAAGGAAAAUUCCAUAUCACAGCUAAGGUUGUACCUAUUACUGAAGAAGACUCUAGGGUUCACAACUAUGGGAUAACCAAGGAAGAUUGUUUCGCACAUCUUGAUCUCGGGUUUAAGUUCUAUUCAUUAACCGGUAAGGUUGAUGGUGUGUUAGGAAAAACUUAUAGGAAUGACUAUGUUAGCAAAAUAAAUGUCGGAGCAGCCAUGGCAGUUGUUGGAGGAGAGAGAGAAUAUGCAACUAGUAGCAUGUUUGCUACAGAUUGUUUGGCUUCAAGGUUUAACAGUGGCAUAGAGGAGACUCCAUUGGAGGCGUUGGAGCUUGUCAACAUGAAUUGUGCUAGUGGGAUGAAUGGAGUGGCCGGGGUAGUUUGCAGGAGGUAACUCAAAAUUAUCGGAUCACCUAUAUGAACUAAUUAUACAAGCUACAAUUGGAAGUCCUAAAAAUAUUUGGCUUCUGAUAGUAUGAUUUAAUCAAUUGAUGUUUGUAAUAAAGAUAUUAUGAAGCUGUAAGAACUUAUACACACAUUUAUAUAAUGAAGUAUAAUAUAACAAUUUCAAGUUCGUUCAAUAA